GUAUCCAAAAAUUUUGAUACAAUAGUCUUAUAAUAUAUGUAACUCUACAUCAGUGAUCACGAUCUCAAAACGCGUAAACGCGCACGUGGUUUAAUAAUCAAUAUAAAUAAUACCAUAGGUUCUUAAUCAGUAAGACUAAAACUCUUACUUGUUAGUUAUUCCACCUAUUCCACCAUGAGUUCCAUGAGUUUGAAUACUGAAGACAGCAAAAACAGUGUAAACACUGUAAAAAAACUUGCAAAAAUGUUUUCCUUAGGUUUAAGAGAUAUUCCCGAUGUUAUAAAAGAGAACGCAGACAAGGUCCUCGAAGUUAUUGAAAAUAUGUGUAUUGAUGAUCCUAUCGUCAUCAUUAAAUGGACAGUUCCCUUUCCCAGAAAUGUUAGAGGCCAAACGGAGCGUUCGUUAAUUAACCACAUUGUGACAAAUGGAGGCACCAAUGAAUUUAAUUCUAACGUAAUUUUCUCCUUCAGAAGUGGACGACAGCUUACUAACUGUGUAAAUGGUCUACCACUUUGGUGCAGGCAUGAUCGAGUUAAUCCAAAUGUGCCCGAUGUUGGGUAUUGCUACCGUGCCACCAGAGUUAGUGAACGUUCAGCGGAUCUAGAAGUAUAUUCUCUCGUUUUUAAUAUCUAGCUUCGUAUACUAUAAAUAUCUUUAAAAAAAAUUACCUAAUUAUUUUAUGCUAAUAUUUUUAUGAUAUAACUCGAAUUUUUAGCUUUAUAAAUGUAUUAUCAUGAAACAUAUAUUUUAAUGCAAGAAUAAAAAAUUAUUGCUUAAAUAUACUAUUAUA